UCAAAAUAUUGAUAAAAUUGCAACUACAUCAACAACCGCUUUGGGUGAAGAAUGCCACAAGGUGCCGAUAACACAAACACCGCCACCAUCAAGGCAGGCUGGAAAAGAUGCAGGCCUUUCCGACAAUACCUCCCCUACCCACUUCCAGGCUUUAACAAAUGCCCAACAAACUAGAACCAUAGUUACAAAUAAAAAAUCUUCGCCUAAAUCCCUUCCUGCUACCUAUUGUACUAGUACACGUUCCGCAGCAGUCAUGGCUUUGGCAUUACGCAGCCAAACCCCGCCCAGCCCACAGACGACACACAAGAAUUCUCGUACCUAUCGAACUAACGAAUCUGUCAACAAUUCAGCCGAAUCAACUUUCACAACUACGACAUCAAUGUCACCGCCCUCGGCAACAGCGUCCCAGCGUCAACAUAUUAACCGAUCACCGGCCCAACAAAUCAAAUCCAAGAUUUUGAAUGAACGACCUAAUGGCAUUGGUGAUUUGUAUUCGGGCGGUUCGAGUAGUUCCGACAACGAUGGUGUAAAUACUUCCUCUUCCUCGUCGGCCACAGCCCUAAGGCGUUUGUAUUUCAAAAGUGGCCGUAGCACGAAAACGAAAGCCAAUAAUACGAAUAAAUCUUCCAUGUCUAUGACCCAAAUAACGAAAAAUGCCAUUUGUACAGCGGCCGUGCUGUAUCAUUCUUCGGUGGAAGGUACCCUAGGCGCCGCCUGUAAUACGUCCAAUAGUAAAAGUGUUCCCAAGGUUGUUGUAAUGGGUUCUUCCACUGCUUCGACGAGCGAUACCAUUAUUAAUACAUCCACUGACUCAGCAUCGACUAUGAUUACGAAUGUUACACAUACUGAUACAUCAGAGACCUGCGAUUCUUUAGAUUUAGGUAAUUUGAUUUUUGAUUCGUUGUACAUACUUUUAUAUAAUAAAGCGAGUUGUAAUUAUUCUUGCAACAGUAGCACCCUUUAA